UUAAAAACACAAAAUCCCUGACGAAAGUGGCUUCUCUGACCCCCAGCUAUUUUGAAGCUGUGUUUGUUGGAAGACUUACAGUUUCCAAAUUCUUCCCAAUCCAACAAACAAAUUAUGUCUUCUCUCUUAUUCUCAAACCCUCAUUUAUCCACUCCCUUCCUCCCGCAAAAACUUUCUGGUCAUCUAAGCGCGACUAAAGCGACACCGUUUUGCACCAUUUCUAGAAGCCCUACAGCCCCUCGUUGCGCUGUAGAUACACCCUAUGGAGGUAAUGUUCCAACAUUUCCUCGAAUGAAAGUUUGGGAUCCUUAUAGACGCCUUGGUGUAAGCCCUUAUGCCUCUGAGGAAGAAAUUUGGGGAUCACGCAAUUUUCUAUUGCAACAAUAUGCUGGACAUGAGAGAAGUGAAGAAUCAAUAGAAGCUGCUUUUGAGAAAUUACUGAUGACCAGCUUCAGACAAAGGAAGAAGACCAAAAUCAAUUUGAAAAGCAAGCUAAAGAAGCAAGUCGAUGAGUCUCCACCCUGGGUUAAGAACUUACUCAAUUUUGUGGAGCUUCCUCCUAUAGAAGUUAUUUUCAGAAGAUUGUUCCUUUUUGCAUUUAUGGGUGGCUGGAGUAUCAUGAAUUCUGCUGAAGGCGGACCUGCUUUCCAGGUAGCUGUCUCUUUGGCUGCUUGCAUAUACUUCCUUAAUGAGAAGACAAAGAGCUUGGCUAGAGCAUCAAUUAUCGGAUUUGGUGCACUUGCGAGCGGGUGGAUUUGUGGUUCCAUCUUUGUCCCAAUGAUUCCAACAGUUCUAAUUCAUCCUACUUGGACUCUGGAGCUUCUAACGUCACUAGUAGCAUAUGUUUUCUUGUUUCUUGGUUGUACUUUUCUCAAGUAAAAAAGUUGCAACCCUACCAUGUUUACUUUAAAGAACUGAACCAAACUUCUCAUUCUCCAUUGUGUCAUUGAACCAUAAGUCAUCCAUUUUUUUUUUUUUUUUUUUUUUCUUUUGACUUUUCUUCAAUAGAGUAUAGUGCAGUUUGGCAAUGCAUACUGCAGUUUUUACAAUAGGGAACAAUUUUCUUAAACAAAGCUUUUUUAUACA